AUGGUAAAAGCACUAAAACAGAGGUCACAGAAAAUGUUCUCUCUCAGUCCCUCGCUCUCCCUCCCGCGCGCACCCUCUCUCCUCCAGCGAGUUCAUCGGCCACCGGAAAUCCCCUCUCAGUCCCUCGCUCUCCCUCCCGUGCUCACCCUCUCUGUCCUCCGGCGAGUUUUUCGGCCACCAGAAAUCCUCUCACUCCAUCGCUCUCCCUCCCGCGCUCACCCUCUCUGUCCUUCGGCGAGUUCUUCGGCACCGGCGAAGCUGUCCGUCUGUCGCAAGGUUCCGUCCACUGUCUCUCUCACUCCGGCGACGUCUACAGCCACCGGCGAAGCUCCUGUCUCUCUCUCACUCCGGGGAAGCCGAAGGCUCUCUCUCUCUCCUCCACCGGUGGUGACUGGAGUAAGCAUGCAAAGUGUUCUAAUUGGUGAGAAUCUUGGCGGCUGUGCAUUUGUGUGUGGAUCAUUGAGCUUCUUGGACAAAAUCGCAUGUGGGCUUGCCUUGUAUGUUCUUCAGUCGUUUCAAAGUUCCUCUCCAGCAGUUCAUUUGACCAGUCCAAUACAUGUCUAUAUUUCAGUUACAAGGAUUGGUUUGGGUCUCAUACCACCAUUUUGUUCACUAGUUGGGGUGGCAGUUACAUACACCAUGAAACUCCAUACCCCUUUUUCGAAACCUAUGAUGGAGCCACUGUUGGAAUAGAGUGUGAACAAAACAAUUUCCUUUAGACAACUCUUUCUUUAAGAUGUUGGAGCAUUUGCUGCAGGUUUGAUUAUUUUCCGGGAAAAAUUCUCUAUAGUGUAGCAAUUACAUAGGAAAGGACACAAUUUUUGGCUAAAGAUCUGG